AUGCGCGUUUCUCUUGCUACACAAAUAUUUAGUAAAAGCGUUGCACAUGGACUACAGUAUUAUUUAAAAGCAGAGGAAAAAAAUAAUUCAAAUAUAAAUGAAUUUGAAGGCUGCGAAGCAACUAUCAACUUUUCUCUGCGUAUAAACGACAUGUUUGAUACUUUGAAUAGAUCUUACCCUCAUGAAGGCAUAAGAGAAGGCAGCAAAGACUUUCAAAUUCUUCAAGAAUCUAUUGAAUGGCUAGAUGCAUGGGAAAAACAACAAAAAAUUAAAGACCUUUUUUUAACUAAAUCGACUGCUGAAGCAUUGAGAGUAACUCUGUAUUCAACAAUUCAUUUGACUAAUUACUUAUUGAAAAGCUGCGGGUUUUUAUACGUACUUACAAACAAAAUGAAAUAA